UUUGUUGUGUGGUAACAUUACCUGCUUAUGGUAACAUUACUAUAGCAGUUUGCUAUGAGAGAGGUUAUGAAGUGUCCUAAGUAAAGGCAGUAAUAAAAGCGUCUGUAAAUCAGACGUUAAGUCUAAGAUUUGCGCACUGUUUCAACAAUAAGCUUGGAUGGAGGCUGCCUUCUGAUAUGAUGUUAUUCAAACCUUAUGAUUCCUGUUUACAGAUUCUAGAGUUUUAUUAUCUAAGCAACAAUCAAAGGCAAUCAUUCUGCGAAGUCCGUACUAAUGAUACAAACAUUGCUGUCGACCUCAAGUUUCUCGAGUGCAGUUCCCAUGGAGAUAAAUGCAUAUGGGAGUGUGAAUUGGAACCGGAAGACAUGCAGAUACAGCCUUUGAAAGAAGACAUGCAGAUACAGCCUUUGAAAGACAUGCAGAUACAGCCUUUGAAAGAAAAGCAUUUUAUGGAUAAGUAUAAAUCUGAAAUAAUCCAGCGUCUCACAAAUCCAGAACCUAUUUUGGACCAUCUCCUUUCAAAACUGUACAUCACUGAUGAAGAGUACGACCGCAUCCGCUCCCGUGAUGAAUACCAAGAAAAAAACAGAGAGCUGUACAAGGUGUGUCGGAGCUGGAGCAGUAAAGGGAAAGAUGAAUUCUACAUGAUACUGAGAAAAAAAAAUCCUCAUUUUGUCAGAUCUCUGGAAGAAGAAUAAACUGGAAGUUACAUAAACACUGGACAGUUCAAUGCAUCAACUACAAAUGUGCAAAGUGGGUCAACACUUUGUAACACUGGGGUCCUACAGAGAACCAAACUGGAUGCUUAUAGACUGCUAUUGAACAACUUUGUACAACUAAUAAAGUUUGUAUUCUUUGGUCAUUUGUACAGACUCUCUAAAAAAGCAUUUUAAUAAAGUAACUCAUAGAUUUACCUUGAUGAUAUUUUAAGGUUUUUUUUAAGAACGCUGUGCUCUUACUGUUGACUGUUUUAGUUAGGUUUGCCAGCUGUUUAUAAAGGACUGCCUCUCUAAAAUGUUUUUAAAUUUUCCCAUUGAAUUUAAGCUAAA